AUGUCACGUCACACCAGGAGAAGGGACGUUUUCCGUCGCAGCAUCAGUCUCCUCCUCUGCUCCUGUCUCCUACAUCCAGCGUCAUGUGAAUGGGGUACGCAGUGUUUUUUUACCUUCCUCGCUCUCAUUCGCUCCCCUAGAUUCAGACCCUCCUCCGCCUUGCCACCCAGACUCAUAGGCGGUGUGUGUAUGGGGAGGACGGCCGCUCCCUGCAGCGGCUUAAGCAGGAUAGUUUCGAUCCUUACCGCUGUGCCCUGUUUACCCCACGAACCCCAUUCUGAAGCGGAUCAAAGGAUGAGCGACCAGGGGAAGGGUUCGGGAUCCACAACUGCUGGAACACCAGCUCCAGGCUCGGAUACUUACAAAGGCUGGCUAUUUAAAUGGACUAACUAUCUAAAAGGAUAUCAACGCAGAUGGUUUGUCCUCAGCAAUGGUCUUCUGUCAUAUUACAGGACGCAGGCGGAGAUGGCGCACACGUGCCGUGGCACCAUCAACCUGGCCACAGCGCACAUCGACACGGAGGACGCGUGCAACAUCGUGCUGAGCAGCGGCGGGCGCACCUACCACCUGAAGGCCAGCACCGAGGUGGAGCGCCAGCGCUGGGUCACCGCUCUGGAGCUGGCCAAAGCCAAGGCCAUACGCAUGAUGAACAACCAGUCAGAUGACUCAGGCGACGAGGAGCCGACGUCGCAGUCGGACCGCAGCGAGAUCCAAGGCACCCUGAAGACGCUGGCCAGCAAGCUGGAUGAUCUGAGCACAUGCAACGACCUGAUCGCCAAGCACGGCGCGGCACUACAGCGCUCGCUGAGCGAGCUCGAGGCCCUGCGCGUGCCCGUGGAGGGCGGCGAGAAGAUCAAGGCCGUCAAUGAGCGCGCCACCCUCUUCCGCAUCACCUCCAAUGCUAUGAUCAAUGCGUGCCGAGACUUCCUGGACUUAGCGGAGAGCCACAGCCGGCGAUGGCAGCGCGUUCUUCAGUAUGAGCGGGAGCAGCGCACCCACCUGGAGGAGACCAUCGAGCAGCUAGCCAAGCAGCACAACAGCCUGGAGCGCGCCUGGAGAGAGGCCCCCACGCUCGCCACCAACACGCUCGACACCCCCACCACCGAGCAGGGGAGUGAGAGGCCGCAGAAAGAGGAGGCCAGUGAUGAAGAUGAGGAUACAGAGUACUUCGACGCCAUGGAGGAUUCCCCAGCCUUUAUCACAGUAACUGCCGCCGACCACUCGCAACACAGACGCUCUCAGAGUAACCUAAGUGGAGCCAGUGGAGGACACCCCAACGAUUGGAACCAGGAAGACCAUAUGAUGUCUCCCAGCUGUAAUGAUCUGUCAGGGAAGGAGCUGAAGCCCCGCAAGCGGAGGCGGACUCACAUCCCAGACAAGCCCAACUACUCCCUCAACCUGUGGAGCAUCAUGAAGAACUGCAUCGGCAAAGAGCUCUCCAAAAUCCCCAUGCCUGUGAACUUCAAUGAGCCGCUGUCCAUGCUGCAGCGUCUGUCGGAGGACCUGGAGUACCACGAGCUGCUGGACAAGGCGGCGCGCUGCGAGAACUCGCUGGAGCAGAUGUGCCUGGUGGCGGCCUUCUCCGUCUCGUCCUACUCCACCACCGUGCACCGCACGGCCAAGCCCUUCAACCCACUGCUGGGGGAGACCUACGAGCUGGACCGCCUGGACGACUUCGGCUACCGCUCGCUGUGUGAGCAGGUGAGCCAUCACCCCCCGGCGGCUGCCCACCACGUCUUGUCACAGCGUGGCUGGACCCUGUGGCAGGAGAUCACCAUCGCCAGCAAGUUCCGUGGGAAAUACCUCUCCAUCAUGCCUCUGGGUGCAAUUCACCUGACGUUCAAUGCGACUGGGAACCACUACGUGUGGAGGAAAGUGACCUCAACAGUACACAAUAUCAUAGUGGGGAAGCUGUGGAUCGAUCAGUCUGGGGACAUUGACAUAGUCAACCACAGAACCAAGGAGACGUGUCAGCUCAAGUUCUCUCCCUACAGCUACUUCUCCCGGGAAGUCCCUCGCAAAGUGACGGGGGUGGUGACGGACUGUGAUGGACAGGCACACUACGUCCUGUCAGGGACGUGGGAUGACAAACUCGAGAGUGCCAAGAUCGUCCACAGUAGCCGCGGGAGCAGUAGCUCUGAGGGCAAACAGAAGACGGUCUACCAGACGCUCAGUCCCAAACUGCUCUGGAAGAAGUAUCCACUACCGGAGAACGCGGAGAACAUGUACUAUUUCUCGUCGCUGGCACUGACGCUGAACGAGUUGGAGGAUGGCGUGGGCCUGACGGACAGCCGCCUGCGGCCUGACCAGCGGCUGAUGGAGGCCGGCCGCUGGGACGAGGCCAACAUGGAAAAGCAGCGUCUUGAGGAGAAGCAGCGGGCGGCACGGCGCCGGAGAGACGUGGAGGCCACCGACGCCCAGGACGAUGGUCGGGAGUACGAGGGCUACCAGCCUCUCUGGUUCCACAAGCGGACUGACCCCAUCACCGCAGAGACGAACUUCAUAUACAAAGGGGGCUACUGGGAGGCCAAAGACCGGCACGACUGGAGCAUGUGUCCAAACAUCUUCUGAGUCGCCUCGCCCGCCGCUCCUGCUGCUGCUGGGUGGCUGCUGCAGACACCCCCCCAACACCCCCCCCCCCCCCCCCCCCCCCACACACACACACACACACACACACACACACAUACACACUCCCCAAAAGAAAAGCCGAGACGGAUAACACACUCUGGGUUCCUGGGGGAUAACCCCUGGGAGGAGCCUCCUGAGCGGAACCAAGGGGAACCAACCUGAACAGAACCGAACACAGCAGAGUGGCCUGGCUAUAGGAGCUGCAGUUGUGUGGACAUUACUACUGCUGCGACUGCUACUGCUGUGCGUGUGUGUGUGUGUGUGUGCAUGUGUGUGUGCGUGUGUGUGAGUGUGUGCACGCGUGAGUGUGUGUGUGAGUGUGUGUGUGUGUGAGUGUGUGUGUGUGUAUCUCACACAAGCUCUCAGUGCGACUUAUCUGCACCAUACCUUGUCCUUGUCUACCCAAGGACAGAGGUGGUUGGUGUGUGCUUCUCUGUGAGGGUGGUACAGACUUCUGCAGCCCAACUGAACCCCACCCCAGCCCACCCACCCUCCAGAGCAUAUCUUCCAGUCCGAAAAUCAGGUGCUCUCAUGACGGACUGCUCUUCACCUCCCCACAAACGCACUGUAUACAUCGUGCACAGAGGUCACGGCCCUGUGUGUUCUGUGGUGUUACAGUAGCAUCAGAGACCCACCCUCACCCCCAUUUAUAGAAGAACUGGUUUAGACUGGUUUUAUUUUCUCUCUAAAUCUCUCCUGCUGGCCUGGAUGCCAGAAGAGCGAGAGGAACUCAAAUCUCCUCCGGUAAGAGGAGGAACAUCUUAUUAAGGACCUGUAAACAAAGACAGAAAAAAGUAACUUUGUACUUUUUUUUGUUCUUUUUCUUCUUUGACCUCAUGAUUUGUCAUAUUCACACCAUUGAGAAUGUGUGAACCCCACAGUAGCUGAAGUAUCUGGAUGGACAAGGUCACCAUUGAUUUUUGGUGUGUGAACGGCAACGUUGAUGUAGCCUGAAUGAGCCUCCACUGGUUAUAUUGGAGCCUGUGGUUGGUGGGGAGAGGUUAGUGUCUGACCCCACUGCUCUCGUCACAGCUACACUCUGAGCUUUUUGAGGUCAGCUGAUCCAGUCUGUUCCCCACCAGACAUAUAAGACCCCCACACUCACCGACCCUCCCAGAUGGAGACUAGAGUCAGAUUCACUCUGAUCCCACAUAAGUCAAUCAGAACAAACAGACAGAUAUUACUGUCCUCAAUUGGACUAAAUCGUCAGAUGUGAUUCCUGCCAGGGCGCCCCCUGUAGGUUUGACUGUGUACUGCAGUAUUCUUGUAUGUCUUGUAUGUCCCAUGAUGAUGAAGGUCUCAGUCUAUAUGUGACCACCAUCCGAUUUGAUGCCAGCUGUCAGAGCAAGUAAAGCGAGACAACAUUAUUACCGAUAAACGUAAAAAAAAUUGUUUUGUUAACUAAUAGCCUAAAACAGUCAGAAAAACUAACAGAAUAGUUAUCAAAGGCACAUUUCCGCAUAGAAGCAGAUUUAAUCAAUCUCUGGGAACUCACUUUGAGGUGUUAACAUUAAUCAGUAUCCAAAUCUUUGAUCAUUUCCUUUUUCUGCAGUAUGAUUGAUCUUUCUCAUGUACUGGGCCUUUCUGAUGUCAUUCAGACUAACCAGCCUACGCAUUUACUCCCUCACAGCAGGCGUUCAACCUUUAGUUCAGACAGUACAUGUUACAGGGGACAAUAUCAGUGAUCUGGAGCUCGAUUUAGUUUUGUGUGCACUCUAUAUUGUGCACGCACAUCCAUGGCUGUUGCAUCCCUGCUCCCAGGGGUCAAAGUUGGGGGAUACUCUGCGACUUUAGCCAUCUAGUAGGUUAAGUAUUUGUUCACUUAACUGUAGCCCUCCAGAAUGAGAAACGAUCAAAAUGAUCUGAAACUACAUAAAAAAAAAAAAAAACAGAUUUAAUCAUUAGUUCGUUAAAACCUAACAAUGUGCGGUGUGCACAAGUUGUGCACAUCAUUUUGGAUCAUUAUCCCAAAUCACAAGUGAACAUGUUUUCUUAGUGAUGUUAAGAAUGUAGACAUUUUGGCCAGACGUACUGUAGUAACCGUCUGUUCCCGUGCGGAAUUUUUUGUGAUUACUUAAUUGAUAACAGAUUAAUAUGAACGCUGAUGCUUUGAAAAGUAAUAGUGGUACUUGGUUUAACAAAAAAAGUGUGUUGGGUCAAAUCUGCAGUGUUAAGGUUGUACUGAAAGUUUUACCAUAAAUGUGAAUUGAAGUCCAAAACAAUGUUGCACCCUGAUUGAAACUCUGAUCAGCCUCUGAGGAUUUAGUUCAAUGGUGUUAUUUUUUAUUAUUAGAGGGCACUGACUCAUAAACCACUGGCCAUCCUUUAAUUUAAUCACUUUAUAUUAACACAUUGUUUUUUCUUGUGGUUGGCUUUUGAGUUCUUCACUAUGUUGCAUUGUCUCUGUUGUGGCCUUUUUUUCUUAUUUACAUUUUGAUUUGAGUCAGUGGUUUAACAAUUCACAGAGUGUUAAUUAUUGAGUUCAAGCACUUUGAAGGUAUUUUUUAAACCCAGGUACAGAGUAAAGGUGAGAUUAGGGACUGACAUCAUGACAAACAAAUCUGGGCGAUAAAGUAUGACAUCUAUGUCAGAUACUUUAUGGUUGAAAGGGGGGGUCACUGAAUUAUGACGUAAACAGUGUAUAGAAUGUCAUGUUUGUACUUGCUGAGCCAAAGUACAGAAUCAAAAUUCUUGGGUCAUGUGUGCACAUGGUCUUGCCUGGCGCUUUUGUUUAUCUUCCUGUUUUCCUUUUGAAGAAAAAAUGUUUCAUUCUCUUUUAUACUUUUCUAUUUUGUUCAGUGGCUUCAGGCUCCUUGCACAUAUCACUUUUUGUUUGGUUGUAGAUGCACAUUCACAUAUAUAGCCUAAAUCUCACUCAAUACUAAUACACACAAAAGCACACACCAACCAUUAGUUCUUAAAUGUACCUCAGACAAGAAUAGAUAUAUUAUGUAGUAAAAGAGCAUAUCAAGGUUUAUAAUAUUAUGGCAGAUUGCUGUAAAUCAUCAUUAAUAAUCCACAUAUAGAUUACAGACCGAGUGCUUAUUACUAAUACUUUGUGGUCUCAUAACAUUCACUCUCUACUGUAAAUGUGUUACUGUAAAGAUAACACUAAGCUAUCAUGUACAUCGUUCUGAUGGUUUGAGGCUAGUGCUCAGUGUUGGGAAGAAUACUUUAAAAAUGUAAUCAGUUACAGAAUACAGAAUACAUGCCCUAAAAUGUAAUUUGUAACGUAUUCCGUUACAUUACUCCAUCUAAGUACCGUAUUCUAAAUACUUGGAUUACAUAAGCGCUGUUUUACAUUUUAUCAAGUGGGAAAUCAAGCUGCUAUUUCAGUUUGUAAGACCCACAGGCGAUGUCAGCAAAAAAAACACAACUUAACUUUAUAGGAUAAACUGAAACAUUAUACAUUUUGUUAAUGCACAAGAUCAUCUCACAGAAAUAUUAGAAUUUCAGUUCAAAAAUCCCAGAAAUUCAUAUGAGAAGGAUUCUAAAAGUAACCCCUUAAAAUGGCCAAAGUAACUGUAUUCUGAAUACCACUCAUUGAAAAUGUAACUGUAACUAAAUACAGUUACUCAUAUUUUGUAUUCUGAAUACAUAAUCCCGAAUACAUGUAUUCAGUUACUUCCCAACACUGCUAGUGCUUGACUCUUGGCCAUGCUCAACUGUUGGUGCCCCAUGGUAGAGAUUAUUUUUCAGUCAUACUGUAUGGAGAAGGAUAAAGAAGUAUUUUUAAUAUGUUUAAGAAUUAUUAUAUCAAAAAAGAGGCAUCACAUUGUAAUCCAUUCAUUGUGUGCGUGUGUGUGAUUUUUUUUCUGUUUUAAGAACAUUUGAAGUGACUUAAGUUGUAGCAAUAACGAUUCCAUGACUCAUUUGUUAGGUGGGCUAUCUGUUUCACCUGGAAGAGACGAGAUGGAACCAACCAAAGCCUCAGUACAGGAUGCUCUGUAGCCUAACAGACAAGACUCUUAUGGCCUUCCCUGUGUGAGACUUAGACAUGUAAUAGCUUUCACUUUGGUCUUUUAUUUUCCCUUUUCAGUUCCACAUGCACUUAACCCUCUGGCCUCUGCUUUAGCUUUCUUUUCUUUUUCUUUUCUUUUGUUGUGUAACAGCGUGCCAUUGUCUUCCUUUUUUAUGAACAUGUAAAUAUGUACUCGUAUGUAUACACGCAAUUUGCAGUGUGUGUAUGUAUAGCGAAUUUCCCACUCGUUCAGAUCGACUCAGUGGGAUAUUUGAAACUGGAGCACAAUAAUGAAGACGAGGACUUUGGUCAUCUCCUCGCCUCGUCAGAAUUGACUCUAGGUUGUCAAGACCCUGAUCCAUCACAACAUUGUGCUCUUUCACCUGCCCGUUUGCCUUUUUUAAAGUCUUUCAUUUACAGUUUGUUUGAGUGCUGGAGACAGCACUGUGAGCAUGUGAGUGUUCUGAGCAGCACAGGUGGUUGUUAGCAUCUCUGUUUCUACUCCCAUAUGGCACACUUAGUUCCUGUGCACCUGAGAUGAAGGUGUGCUAAAGCUUCUACCGGGGUCGUUCUCCCUCUCUCCUUAUCUAUCGCUCUCUAUCAAUUUCUAUCGAUCUCUCUCGCUCGCUCUCUUUUUAAAUCAUUUUUACUUUCCACCAUUAAUUUAUGCAGCAAUGUUGUCUGCAACAAAGACUGACACAAUGAAAAAGUGGAGAUAAUAAAACUUUUAUUUGUUGAAAGUGGAA